AUGAGUAAUCUCUUCAGUACCUGGUGGUCCAAUAACAUAACGUUUAUUUUGUUCAACACCAUCAACACCAACGUCUUGGUAUAACCCACCCAGUGUCCCCCCCUUCGGGCUGUGAGGAGGACGGCCAGGCCCACAGCUACGGGUCCAGAAUCUCCAUCCUCAGCCGCAGAGGGAAGAGCAGCUGGAAGAGGAGGAAUAGGGCAGAAGAGAAGGAGAGAGAGAGGUAACCGGGUGAUGAAGAGGAGUGGGGUAGAUAGUAAUGAUCCUUUACUUAGACACAUCUCUGGUAGAGUUCAGGUCCAUUCCUGGUUUGAAUUCAUACUGCAUCCAUGAUGCCACUGAAAAACAACCCUAGGCUCCUCUGCUCCAGUGAGACAGGAUUGUCUGUAUACAGUAUACUCUUUAAAAAAAUUAUGCUAUCUAGAACCUUAAAUGGUUCUUCGGCUGUCCCCAUAGGAGAACCCUUUGAAAACCCCUUUUUGUUUCCAUGUAGAACCCGUUCUACAGAGGGUUCUGCAUGAAACCCAAAAGGGUUCUACCUCGAGCCAAAAAGGGUUCUGCCUUGUAGGAAAAAAGGUUUCUCCUAUGGGGACAGCCGAAGAACCCUUUUGGAACCCUUUUUUUCCUAAGAGUGUAGCCUACACAUAUAGUGUAACCAUCAGCAACAUGCUUAUAGGUUUCCAGUCAGUAAUAUGGUGGGGGCUGCAGUCUGCAUUAUGUUUAGUUUCCGAUUAAUGAUUACCUUGCAGUUAAGUUAAUGUGGUCAGGGUGACAUCUGUUUCCAUGGGAUUGCUGUCUGCGUUUGGUCUGUUUGUUCUGCAGCUGGGCCCCAGAGCGCUCCAGCACUGGCAGCGGGGGGAAGAAGCGUGCUUCUUUGGGGCUGAACGAAGGUGCAAGCAUGCGCUGCUCCACCCUCCUUGGUAUCCUGACAGGGGUACUGCUGUACCUGGUGCUGGGGGCCGUGGUGUUCCAGGCCCUGGAGGCUCCCCAUGAGGAGGGACAGCACAUACAGCUGCAGGACACACGCAGAGCCUUCCUGGAGAACUACACCUGCGUCAGCCCAGAUAUCCUGCAGGCCCUCAUAGAGGUACCCUACAUAGGCCAUACACACCUACAGAACAAACAGGUUAAUAUAACUGACUGGGAUAUUAGACUUUCGGGGUGUCCAAGGCAUCGGUCAUGUAAUCCAAUGAGACCUCUAUAGUUAGGUUGCAGUACAAUGCAAAUACAGAAAUAUUCAGGUACGAACACUACCACCACUGUUUGUCUUCUCUCUUUCUCUCUCUCUCUCUCUUUUUGACCUGUCACUUUAACUUCCUGACUGUCUCCCAUCCCAGGAGGUGGCAGAUGCUAUGGGUGCAGGUGUGGAUCCUGGCAGCAACUCCUCCACCUUCACCAGCCAAUGGGACCUGGCCAGCGCCUUCUUCUUCUCUGGGACCAUCGUCACCACCAUCGGUAAGUCAGCAGCCUGAUCUCCCCUACGUUUAAUCUAUUGUGACACACUGACACUACUUAUCCCAAUCCUAAAGCUCUACAAACCAUCAUCCUCAGGUUUUGGGAACAUCUCCCCGAAGACAGAAGGCGGGCAGCUGUUCUGCAUCUUCUAUGCCCUGGUGGGGAUCCCUCUGUUUGGCAUCCUCCUGGCUGGAGUUGGAGACCAUCUGGGGACCGGGCUGAGGAAAGCCAUCCUCAAAAUAGAGUUUAUCUUAGCGGUGAGACACUAAAUAUUUGGUUUAAUGUGUUUCCUCUGUCUAUCUCGGUCUAUCAGUAUUUCAGUCCCUCCAUUUCUUUCCCUCUUUUUCAUGUUUUCCUGUCUCCCUCUCAGAAGUGGAAGGUGAGUCCUACUAUUGUUCGAGUCAUCUCAGCCGUCCUCUCCAUCCUGUUGGGGGUAGCACUCUUCGUUGCCGUGCCAACGCUGGUGUUUCAGGAGGUGGAGAAGUGGACUCUCCUGGAGGCGUCCUACUUUGUUGUCAUCACCCUGACUACAGUGGGCUUUGGAGACUAUGUUGCAGGUACUUCAGCCACUGACGGGGUUGGGUCAAGGAAUCUGUCUCAAAAGGUCAAAACGCUCUUUUCAUUGUUGAAACACUCUUUCAUUGUUGUGACCCAUUAACAGACACAUAAAUACCUGCUACUCCGGAUUAAUGUAGUUUAGGAGUCAUGAGUGAUAAAAUACAAUCACUGAUUAAACUGGACAUUUAAUUUACUCUUUAAAUUAUUUAAAUUAUUCACAAUCUUUGUAUGAAAGUUGAAUUAUUAAUUGGCUCAUCUGUGUGGUUUCAUCGCCCCCUAGAGUUUUCCAGCAGCUCAGUCUGUAAUGUUCACUUAUGUGAGAUUAAUUUAAUAAACCCCAAGAGUCGAUGUCCACGACCCCGCGGAAAUCUAAUUAGCAUAAUAAAAAAAUCCCCAUAAAAAUCUGUCUGUUUAAUCUAGAGAUAUAUCUUUGCAUGGGCUGCGUCUCAAUCCACCGCAUCUGCCGAUUUCGGCCUUCCGCAUCUGCAGUGAAAGGUAGCAGAGCUGCAGCAGUGCUUGUCAGACCAUGAGACAUCCCGAAAAUCGGUCUUCUCACGAAUAUGUCUGUAGCGGUUUUGGCCUACAAACUAUUAUGACCCCUCUAUGGAAAGAUUGGACUCAUAAACACUGUUUUGCUCUACGACCCCCACAAGCGCCACGGGACUCGUCUGAAGUCGGUACCGGCCAACUUUUGUCUGUAGUGUCCAAACAGUUUUGGCAACACACUAAUCUAACCCCUCUAUGGAAAGGUGAGACUCUCACGAAUACUUACAUGUUGUGCUCUAGGAUGCCCACAAGCCUCACUGGUCUGAAGGUAGCCUGGUACCAGUUACAAACAUUAAUGGAAGUAUGUGUAUACAGUUGAAGUCGGAAGUUUACAUACACCUUAGCCAAAUACAUUUAAACUCAGUUUUUCACAAUUCCUGACAUUUAAUCCUAGUAAACAUUUCCUGUCUUAGGUCAGUUAGGAUCACCAAUUUAUUUUAAGAAUGUGAAAUGAAUGAUUUAUUUCAGCUUUUUAUUUCUUUCAUCACAUUCCCAGUGGGUCAGUUUACAUACACUCAAUUAGUAUUUGGUAGCAUUGCCUUUAAAUUGUUUAACUUGGGUCAAAUGUUUUGGGUAGCCUUCCACAAGCUUCCCACAAUAAGUUGGGUGAAUUUUGGCCCAUUCCUCCUGACAGAGCUGGUGUAACUGAGUCAGGUUUGUAGGCCUCCUUGCCCGCACACGCUUUUUCAGUUCUGCCCACAAAUGUUCUAUAGGAUUGAGGUCAGGUCUUUGUGAUGGCCACUCCAAUACCUUGACUUUGUUGUCCUUAAGCCAUUUUGCCACAACUUUGGAAGUAUGCUUGGGGUCAUUGUCCAUUUGGAAGACCUAUUUGCGACCAAGCUUUAACUUCCUGACUGAUGUCUUGAGAUGUUGCUUCAAUAUAUCCACAUCAUUUUCCUUCCUCAUGAUGCCAUCUACUUUGUGAAGUGCACCAGUCCCUCCUGCAGCAAAGCACCCCCACAGCAUGAUGCUGGCACCCCCGUGAUUCACGGUUGGGAUGGUGUUCUUCGGCUUGCAAGCUGCCCCCUUUUUCCUCCAAACAUAACGAUGGUCAUUAUGGCCAAACAGUUCUAUUUUUGUUUAAUCAGACCAGAGGACAUUUCUCCAAAAAGUACGAUCUUUGUCCCCAUGUGCAGUUGCAAACCGUAGUCUGGCUUUUUUAUGGCGGUUUUGGAGCAGUGGCUUCUUCCUUGCUGAGCGGCCUUUCAGGUUAUGUCGAUAUAGGACUCAUUUUACUGUGGAUAUAGAUACUUUUGUACCUGUUUCCUCCAGCAUCUUCACAAGGUCCUCUGCUGUUGUUCUGGGAUUGAGUUGCACUUUUCGCACCAAAGUACGUUCAUCUCUAGGAGACAGAACGCGUCUCCUUCCUGAGCGGUAUGACGGCUGUGUGGUCCCAUGGUGUUUAUACUUGCGUACUAUUGUUUGUACAGAUGAACGUGGUACCUUCAGGCGUUUGGAAAUUGCUCCCAAGGAUGAACCAGACUUGUGGAGGUCUACAAUUUUUUUUCUGAGGUCUUGGCUGAUUUAUUUUGAUUUUCCCAUGAUGUCAAGCAAAGAGGCACUGAGUUUGAAGGUAGGCCUUGAAAUUCAUCCACAGGUACACCUCCAAUUGACUCAAAUGAUGUCAAUUAGCCUAUCAGAAGCUUCUAAAGCCAUGACAUCAUUUUCUGGAAUUUUCCAAGCUGUGUAAAGGCACAGCCAACAUAGUCCGUAUGUAAACUUCUGACCCACUAGAAUUGUGAUACAGAAUUAUAAGUGAAAUAAUAUGUCUGUAAACAAUUGUUGGAAAAAUUACUUGUGUCAUGCACAAAGUAGAUGUCCUAACCGACUUGCCAAAACUAUAGUUUGUUAACAAGAAAUUUGUGGAGUGGUUGAAAAACGAGUUUUAAUGACUCUAACCUAAGUGUAUCUAGUUUAGUGCCUAAAAAAAGGGAUUAAAUAUGCAUAAUGGUUUUUGACAUAAUUUCCUCAUCUAGACUAUAGGUUUUAACAGCACAUCUGUCAUGUGUAAACUAAGCUGUAAAGUUGCUGAUUAUCCAUUGUCUACACCUGUAAACCCCUAUCUAUCACUAUCCUCUUGCUUCUCUCUGUCAGGUGAUAGUGGAGAUGGUGGCAAGGACCACUGGUACAAGCCCCUGGUGUGGUUCUGGAUCCUGCUGGGCCUGGCCUACUUUGCUUCCAUCCUGUCCAUGGUUGCAAACUGGCUUCGGGUCCUGUCCAAGAAGACCAGGGCUGAGGUGAGUGUAAAAACUGAUUGGGCCCUGAAUGGGAAAGUACAAGCAAAUGGGCAGCACUGUACACUUUGUCACCUAUAGCCACCUGUUCUAUUCCUCAAUGAUCCUCCCUUCCUCUAAAUGCUAAAUGACUAAAUGACUAAAUGCUCUUUAAAUAGUGAUUUGAUUUGAUGUCUUUCCUCUCUCUCUUCCCAGAUGGAGGAGCUCAGAGCCCGUACCACUGACUGGGGUCAGAACAUUCAGAACAUGUCGGUGGACUUCCGCAUGCCUGACGACCCCUUCAAACGACGACGACGAAAGCGUCGACAUGGCCCUCGCAGCCGAGGCAAUGGGGCAGGCCAUGUGUCUGGGACUGGGGCCCCUGGGGAGGGGGGCAGGGUGAUGGAGAAUGGCCAGCUGAACAGCCAAUCAGAGACUGGAUCGUCCUCAUACUCUUACUCCUCCAACGAGUCAGAGUCUGGAUCCGAGACAGGGUCAGAGGUCACACAGCAUGAGCGGGUAGUAGAGGAAAAAGAGAAGGAUGUCGAUAAGGAGAACAUCUUCCCAGAUGCCCUGUAUUCCCAGCCUCUGGACUACUUUGGAGAGAACCUGGCAUACAUUGAUGAGUCCUCAGAUGCAGUGAGUGGAAAAUUACAUUUGGAUCCCCUGUUGGAUCCAGCACAGCCCGUCUCUACACGCUCACGGAAGCCCAAGAGGAGACGGCCCAGAAGACCACCCCCAGAGAAGAGCCCCACCAAGCCUGAGAAGAAAGAGCCCAAUGGAGACAUAAACCCCCCUGAAAAUCCACCGUCACCUCCACCAAAGGAUGGAUGAACCAAAUGCUCAAGGGUGAGUUUGUAUGUUUUUCAGAGCAUGCUGAAAGUGGAUAAACAUAAUGAAAACAUAAUUAUGAAACUGUCAAGCUAGAAAUCCCUGACUCUGCUCUUUUUAGGGAUGAAGGGAAGAAGAAGUUAUGGGAGAAGAACUGAACCUGAUUGAUUAUGCUUUAUUGACUACACUGUUCAUGUUUCAUAAACAUUGUUUGAGUGUGUGUAUGUCGUGUAUGCCUGAUUCAAAUAUGGAGUGAGCCUUGAUGUAUUAACAGAGUGACUUAUUUAAAUAAUCCUAACAAAACUUCACUGCAUUAACCUGAUGUUGCCUUGGUAGGGUUUUAAUUAGGAACCCAAUCUUAUGUGCCCCUCUCAUCCAUGUUUGCUUAUGGAGUGAGCGCUCCCUACUGGGCAAUCAUGGAACUACACAGCCCUGUUUCCUUUAGAUAGAAUCAGCAGUGAAGCACACCAACAUACGUUUUUUUUUUUUUACUCUGAAUCAAUUCCUAUUGUUUUCCUUUAGGGGAAAAAAAGCCUUAUGACAAUAACUCUCCCAUAAUGAAUUUUUCCCUGAAUGUCUGGAGCUCAAACUCUAGAGAACAAAGCUUUAGUAUAUAAUAGGAAAAUGCAAGAUAUGAGUAAAUCCUGUCUCUGCCAAUAACCAUAUCUGGUCUUGCAUGACCUAGCCUAAGUAUUACACUAGUGACUUUAUUACUGUGUGCACUGUGUACAGCAUAUGCCAUUGUAUACAUUUUUGAGUAUUAUUAUUUGAAUGUAUUACAUACAACUGUCAUGUAAAAUAAACAACACAUUUUUUAAAUAAUCAGAAUACUAUUUUGUGUGUGUGUGAGAGAUUUUCCAG